UUAUUAUUCUAGCAUCACGGCAGCAGGUUUCCGCUGAGUUUGGAGUUACUCGUGUCACCACAACUGUAUGCCUGCUUGACGGUGGUUUAAAAACAGGGGUUUAGCGGCACAAGGAGUCUGCAUGUCUGCGUAGACAUGCUCAGCUUUGUGGAUACUCGGAUUCUGUUGCUGCUUGCAGUAACUGCAUGCAUAGCAUCAUGUCAAUACUCGGGUCCCCGAGGAGCCAAAGGACCUCGAGGUGACAGGGGUCCUAAAGGACCAAAUGGAAAAAAUGGCAGACCCGGAUUCCCUGGCCCCGAUGGUCCCCCUGGUCCCCCUGGUCUCGGAGGAAACUUUGCUGCUCAGUAUGAAGGUGGAAAAGCUCCUGAUGUCCCUGGACCAUCGGGCCCACCUGGCCCACCUGGCCCUAACGGACGUAAUGGAGAGUCAGGAGCUCAGGGACAAGCUGGACACCCCGGCGAGCCCGGAGAGUCUGGACAGACUGGCCACAUGGGUCCCACCGGCCCCCCUGGACCACCUGGCAAAGCUGGAGAGGAUGGUAACAACGGCAGACCUGGCAAGCCCGGAGACAGAGGAACCCCCGGCCCACAGGGCGCUCGUGGAUUCCCUGGAACCCCUGGACUUCCAGGAAUGAAGGGACACAGAGGUUACACUGGUUUGGAUGGACGCAAGGGAGAGAAUGGUGGUGCUGGUGCUAAGGGUGAGACUGGUGCCCACGGAGCUUCUGGAAGUCCUGGACUGGCUGGAGCUCGUGGUAUGACUGGCGAGAGAGGCCGACCCGGCCCUGCUGGCCCUGCUGGUGCUCGUGGUGCUGAUGGCAAUGUUGGACCCUCUGGUCCUGCUGGUCCCCUCGGAUCUGCUGGUCCCCCAGGAUUCCCCGGUGGCCCCGGACCCAAGGGAGAGACUGGAGGUGCUGGAGCUGCUGGCCCAAGUGGACCUCAGGGAGCAAGAGGAGAGCCUGGUGUCAAUGGUGCUGUUGGCCCCACCGGUCCCAUUGGUAACCCUGGUAAUAAUGGACUGAAUGGAGCUAAGGGACCUGCUGGUACUCCUGGUGUUGCUGGAUCUCCUGGCUUCCCCGGACCAAGAGGAGGACCUGGACCUCAGGGCCCUCAGGGUUCUGCUGGACAGAGAGGCCUUAGCGGAGAUCCUGGUGUACAGGGUAUCAAGGGAGACGGCGGACCCAAAGGAGAGCCUGGUAACUCUGGACCUCAGGGAGCCCCCGGACCUCAGGGUGAGGAGGGCAAGAGAGGACCCAAUGGUGAGCUCGGUGCCACAGGACCCGCUGGAAGCAGUGGAGCUAGAGGCUCCCCUGGCAGCCGUGGUUUGCCUGGUACUGAGGGAAGAACCGGCCCAAUUGGUAUGCCUGGUGCCCGUGGGUCCACUGGUAAUGCUGGACCUCGUGGAGCCCCCGGAGAUGCUGGACGCGCCGGUGAGCCCGGAGCAGCUGGUCACAGGGGUCACCCAGGAAGCCCUGGAAGCUCCGGACCCCCAGGAAAGGAGGGACCUGCUGGACCCGCUGGACAAGAUGGCCGCUCUGGACCUCCCGGCCCAACCGGGCCUAGAGGCCAGCCCGGAAACAUCGGUUUCCCCGGACCCAAAGGACCUAGUGGUGAGACUGGCAAGCCUGGAGAAAGGGGAUCCGCAGGCGCCACUGGACUGAGAGGAGCACCGGGAGCUGAUGGCAACAACGGAGCCAGUGGUGCCAAUGGACCUGCUGGUGGUGUUGGUGAGAGGGGAGAGACAGGACCUUCUGGAGCUCCUGGCUUCCAGGGUCUGCCCGGACCCGCUGGAGGUGCUGGAGAGACUGGCAAGCCCGGAGAAAGAGGAAUCCAUGGAGACCACGGAGUUGCUGGACCUGCUGGUGCAAAGGGAGAGCGUGGUAACUCUGGUGCUGCUGGAGCUAAUGGACCUCAGGGACCAAUUGGACCCCGUGGACCCGCUGGAGCCCCUGGAACCGAUGGUGGCAAGGGAGAGCCUGGUGCUGCUGGAGCUGCUGGUGCACCUGGACACCAAGGAUCUAAUGGCAUGCCCGGAGAGCGUGGAACCCCCGGUGGCCCUGGAACCAAGGGAGACAAGGGAGAGGGUGGACACAGAGGACUUGAUGGCAAUGCUGGUAGAGAUGGUGGCCGUGGAAUGGCUGGACCCGCUGGACCUCCUGGCCCAACUGGUGCCAACGGUGACAAGGGUGAGAGUGGUGGCUUUGGACCUCCCGGACCUGCUGGAACUCGUGGAUCCUCUGGAGAGCGUGGAGAGGUUGGACCUCCUGGAGCUCCCGGAUUUGCUGGACCCCCUGGUAAUGGCGGUCAGACCGGAGCAAAGGGAGAGCGUGGACCUGCUGGAAUAAAGGGAGAAGUUGGCCCAUCUGGACCUUCUGGACCCGCUGGACAGUCUGGACCUCCUGGUGCUUCCGGCCCUGCUGGACCUCCUGGUGCGCGUGGAGACAACGGGCCUCCCGGUCUGACUGGUUUCCCUGGAGCUGCUGGCAGAGUUGGUGCUUCUGGUCCCGCUGGUAUUGUUGGACCCCCUGGCUCCGCUGGUCCAUCUGGUAAGGAUGGUCCUCGUGGUCUUCGUGGUGAACCUGGUCCCAGUGGUCCUGCGGGAGAGCAGGGUAGGGUGGGACCACUUGGUGUUUCUGGAGAGAAGGGACCCACUGGAGAGCCUGGUCGCUCUGGUGCUCCUGGUUCACCUGGAAGCAGUGGUCUGAUUGGACCUCCGGGAUUCGUCGGUCUGCCCGGUUCUAGAGGAUCUCAAGGUGUACCCGGUGGAGUUGGUCAACAGGGAGCACCUGGUAGCGUUGGACCUGCUGGUCCCUCUGGAGCUCGUGGUCCCCCUGGCAACAUGGGCAUGCCUGGUAUGACCGGACCUCAGGGAGAGGCUGGACGUGAGGGUAACUCUGGUAACGAUGGACCCCCUGGUCGUCCUGGUUCACCUGGAGUGAAGGGAGACCGUGGUGAGCCCGGACCUGCUGGUCAAAUGGGAGUCGCUGGUCCCCCCGGCCCCUCUGGACCCUCUGGAGCUGCUGGUAGACCUGGAAACCGUGGAGAAUCUGGCCCAGGAGGUGCCUCUGGACCUGCUGGAGCAGCUGGAGCUAGAGGUGCUGCUGGACCUGCUGGAGCCCGUGGUGAGAAGGGAGGUGCUGGAGACAGGGGAGAAAGAGGCAUGAAGGGUCUGCGUGGACAUGCUGGUCUCCAGGGAAUGCCUGGACCAUCUGGACCUUCCGGUGAUGCUGGAUCUGCUGGACCAAAUGGACCUUCUGGACCCAGAGGACCUGCUGGACCCAACGGACCCCCUGGUAAGGAUGGCAGAUCCGGCGGCCAUGGAACCAUUGGCUCUCCUGGUGCUCGUGGAGCGCCUGGAUACUCUGGACCUGCUGGUCCUCCUGGAUCUCCCGGUCUGCCCGGACCUCCCGGCCCCUCCGGUGAUUCCUAUGAUGUCUCUGGAUACGAGGGAUCAGAGUACAGAGCUGAUCAGCCAUCUCUGAGAGCCAAGGACUUUGAGGUUGAUGCCACCCUCAAGUCCCUCAACACUCAGAUCGAGAACCUGCUCACCCCUGAGGGAUCCAGAAAGAACCCUGCCCGCACCUGCCGUGACAUCAAGCUCAGCCACCCCGAAUGGAGCAACGGUUUCUACUGGAUUGACCCCAACCAGGGAUGCAUCACUGACGCCAUCAAGGUCUUCUGCGACUUCACCACCCGCGAGACCUGCAUCCACGCACACCCCGAGAGCAUCGCCCGCAAGAACUGGUACAGAAGCACCGAGGGCAAGAAGCACGUCUGGUUCGGAGAGACCAUCAAUGGUGGCACCGAGUUUACCUACAACGAUGAGACCCUCAGCCCCCAGAGCAUGGCCACCCAGCUUGCCUUCAUGCGCCUGCUGUCCAACAAAGCUAGCCAGAACAUCACCUACCACUGCAAGAACAGCAACGCCUACAUGAGCGAUGAGACCGGUAACCUGAAGAAGGCUGUGGUGAUCCAGGGCUCCAACGACGUAGAGUUGAGAGCCGAGGGCAACAGCCGCUUCACCUUCUCCGUGCUAGAGGACGGCUGCACUAGACACACUGGUGAGUGGAGCAAGACAGUGAUUGAGUACAGAACAAAUAAACCAUCUCGCCUGCCCAUCCUCGACAUUGCACCUUUGGACAUUGGUGGAGCUGAUCAGGAGUUUGGUUUGGACAUUGGCCCAGUCUGUUUCCAAUAAAUAGACUCAUGAUAAAUUAAAUACCAAAAAGAGAGAAAGAACGAAAAAACAAAAUCUCUGCCCUUCUUUCUGUGUUGUUUUUUUUUUAUACUGAUUGCUGAUUUCCCUCUGCGCAUCCACUUGCUUAAGAUGGGCAACUAUCUGAGAGGACUGAAUGGACUGAACGGAGCGUUUUGUGCAAUGCAAAUUAAUACAGCAACCCAAAGGGACGCGGGAAAACAGCUUGUUGUGGGACAUCAUGUCAUCCUUUUGUAAAAAAUAAAAGAAGUGUAAUAAAAACGCUGAAAGUAUGCAUCACUUUGUGGUCUUUGUAUAUCUUCCAAAGAGGAGGUUUAAAACCACAAUUUCCAUGAAAAAAAGGUUUAAGCUACCUCAUGCCUGUACCUAAAGAAAAUACUUUUGACAAAACUUGGGUCCACAACCGAGAUGUUACGACUUCUAAUGACUUCUAAUGCUUCAAGCUGUAUCGGAAGGUGCUCAGUUACUUGAAGCAGAGAUCUAUGGUGCUAAUAUGCAGCUGUGGAGCAAACCACUUUUACUGUAUUACUUUGUAUUGACAUUUGAGGGAUCUCGCAUUCGUCCCCUGAUGCUCCCCCACUUUAAGCAGGUGGAAUGUUUCUAAAUCUGAUGUCUGGUUUUUGUUUCAUUUUGUUUUGCUCUUUUUUUGUUUUGUCUAGAAGGUUGUUUUUUUUUGUUUUGGUUUUUUGUUCAGGCUUUUUUAACUCAAAACCCCACAUCAAAUGUUCAUACUGACAGCACAUAUUUCACCCAAUUCUGAAUGGCGGCCUCUCUCUCUCAAAAAAUGAAACCACAAAGUCUAUUGUACCUAUUUUGUAUAUGUGAGAUGUUUAAAUAAAUUGUGAAAAGUUCUGAAAUAAAGCAUGUCCAAUGUUCCAAAACACCCAA